ACUGACAUUGACAGUAUCAGUAUCAGAUUCGCAAGGAAGCAGGUUGGAUAGUAGUUUUCUAUUCGACUUUCAGCUGUGUACGGUUAUUAAUUAUCCGUUAGUGGACUUUAUACCCUUAUGCAAUACGUUGUCUGUAUUUUUUCUAUAGUUCUGACCGUUCUGACGAUCGGAGCAACUCUUUAAGACGUAUGUUCAUGAAAAGUAGGUUGUGCAUAGUCCCACUUAUCUAACCCUGUCUUAGAGCGUCUUAGAGAGAGUUGAGAGGAUAUUUCCAGUAGGCAUCUGCGUAUGCAGUUCUCAUCAAAAUGGACUCCUUUAUUUUCAGCAAUAACAGGAAGGGGUCGGUGAAGGUGACCAUCACUCCGUGCCAGCCCAGACAGCUGACGCACCUUCCGAAGAGGCAGCCUGUGGACAUCGGCUUCAGUGACCUGACCUAUACCGUCUCUGAAGGCAGGAGAAAAAAUGGGAAACAAAUCCUCAAAUCUGUCAGUGGCCGACUGCGAUCGGGGGAGCUGACAGCCAUUAUGGGACCGUCAGGGGCUGGCAAGUCCACCUUGCUCAAUAUACUUACAGGAUAUAAAACUUCUGGAAUGAAUGGGUCCAUCACAAUCAAUGGGCAAGAACGCAAUUUGAGUCAGUUUCGCAAGCUGUCUUGCUACAUCAUGCAGGAUAACCAACUGCAUGCCAACCUGACGGUGGAGGAAGCCAUGCACGUUGCAUCAAACCUCAAGCUUGGAAAGGAUAUGAAGAAGGAUGAAAAGCAAGAAGUGGUGCAAGAAAUCCUUGAAACUUUGGGUCUGCAAGAGCAUCGUAAAACCAUGACCAGUAAUCUCUCAGGUGGCCAGAAGAAGCGGCUGUCCAUUGCUCUCGAAUUGGUGAAUAACCCACCCAUCAUGUUUUUUGAUGAGCCCACAAGUGGUCUGGACAGCUCUUCCUGCUUCCAGUGCAUCUCACUAUUGAAGUCACUGGCUCGAGGUGGUCGUACAAUCAUCUGUACCAUCCACCAGCCAAGUGCCAGGCUCUUUGAGAUGUUUGAUCACUUGUACACCCUGGCUGAGGGGCAAUGUGUGUACCAGGGAUCAACACAACAGCUUGUGCCUUUCCUUAGCACUCUUGGACUUGUGUGCCCAAGCUACCACAACCCAGCAUCCUUUGUGAUUGAAGUAUCAUGUGGUGAGUAUGGAGACAACAUUCGUAAACUAGUGAAUGCUAUCCAGAAUGGAAAACAUGACAUCCGUACAGGAAAACCAUUCCCAGAACUGCCACCAGCAGAAGUUCUCAACAAUGCAGAUGUGAAAAUCUCAAAUGGCAAUGGAGCCCUUGGUACAAAUGCAGUGGAGAAUGGAGACAGUGAUGCUGUAAAAUACACUGCUAAUGCUGCAACAGAUGUGAAUCUAUACCAACCGUUUGUUACCAAGGAUGUUACUAAGGAGGAACAAAGUGCCACUGGUGAAGCCGUGCCAGCUAGUAUAGUUAUUCCUGUGGACCUCACAGCAUCUGAGAAGGCUCCUGACAAUGUGACAACAGCUCUACUAGACACAGGCUUUGUUGCAAGUCCACGGCGGUAUCCAAUCUCUGAAUUCACUCAGUUCUGGAUAGUUUUGAAGAGGACCCUGCUCUUCAGCAGACGAGACUGGACUCUGAUGUACCUGCGACUGUUUGCUCAUAUCCUGGUGGGACUUCUGAUCGGUGCCCUGUAUUAUGACAUUGGUAAUGAUGGAGCCAAGGUCCUCAGUAAUUUGGGUUUCCUGUUCUUCAACAUGUUGUUCCUCAUGUACACAUCAAUGACAAUCACCAUCCUCUCAUUUCCAUUGGAAAUGCCAGUUCUUGUAAAAGAAAACUUCAACCGUUGGUAUUCACUGAGGUCAUACUAUCUUGCCAUAACAUUAUCAGAUAUACCAUUUCAGGCAGUAUUCUGUGUGAUAUAUGUAACAAUCGUAUACUUCUUGACGGCACAGCCAUGUGAACUGUCAAGAUUUUCUAUGUUCCUUGGGGCAUGUCUUCUCAUAUCCUUUGUUGCACAAAGUGUUGGGUUAGUUGUUGGAGCUGCCAUGAAUGUUCAGAAUGGCGUUUUCUUGGCUCCUGUUAUGUCAGUGCCCUUUCUUCUCUUCUCUGGUUUCUUCGUGAGCUUUGAUGCUAUACCAGUAUAUCUUCGCUGGAUCACUUAUCUCAGUUACAUCCGUUAUGGCUUUGAAGGAACAGCCCUUGCCACUUAUGCCUUUGGUCGAGAAAAGCUCAAAUGCCAUCAGGUCUACUGUCACUUCAAAUCUCCAAUGACAACCCUGGAGGAACUGGACAUGGUCAAUGCAAAUUUCACUCUGGAUAUUAUUGCCUUGGUUAUUAUCUUUUUUGUGCUGAGGGUAUCUGCAUUUGUGUUUUUGCGCUGGAAACUGCUUUCCACACGAUGAGCUUGUCCCAUCCCUGUCUACUGGUUGAAUGAAGCCUAAUCAUGUCAUUCAGAUGUUUCUGAAGCAGCAUAAAGACUUACUGUAUGGGGCCACAUCACUUACUAAUAAGACUGUUGAAGUCUCAGGAUGAUCAAAAGUCCUGUCAUCAUGGUGUGAGUUCAGUGGGAUGAUAGCUCUUCUGGAUUCAGUGUAACUAAUCUUUCUGUCUUUUAAUCUGCUGAAUUCAUGUAGCUUGCAAGUGAACCAUUAUACCACAUUUUGGCAGCAACUGUUUGUUCUGUAACUGCAGAUGUAGAAAUUAUCUUGAAUUUUUAUACAAACAUGAAUACUUUUGUAUUGGACUGUGAUGAUGGAAGUGAAUGCAAAUUCUGUUUUGGCAUGAGGUCGAAAAUUAUGUACAAACAUAAUUUAUUUUGGUGAUAACACAUUCACUACUGAGAACCACAGUUGCUGUUCAAAUGAGUAUCGCUUCUGAGGUAGAUGUAGCCUUUUUAGUCCUCAGAAGAUAUUUUGUAGGUCAGAAUAUUGGUCAUUUCUAGCCACAUCACAAAACUAUUUUUUACUAUAAGCCGAAAGAAACAGGACAGUAAGAAGGAAAUGCAUUUUUUUUUGUGCUCUUAUUUAUAUUCUUUGGGAAACCAUCUGCCCUUAAAAUGUACUUCUUCCUAGUCAUUUAUGUCGAAAAGGGAUAGACCUUUCUUGUAAGCAGAUGUUUAUCCAGUUAGAAUACCUUCACAAAUCAUAGACAAGAAUUGCUGUACAUACAAGAGGACUGUGUAAAUGAAACAUGUUUGCCCAUUAGUAUGUGUGACAUGAUGGGAAUUCUUUGCAGAGGAUAUCCAUCAGGUGGUGGAUCAGUGGAAUGCCUGCCCCAGUGUCACUACUUUUAACAGCCUCUACACUAUUUCUUCACCUGGAGAAUCCCUGAUUGGUUUCACUUGAACAACUCUCAUAUGUAUUUAACGUUGAUUUUGUCAUUUGAUCUCUGGAAUCACAAAUAUUCAUAUUAGUCUCUUUGGCCAUGUCCCCAUGGCCCAUUUGUUUAAUAUGUCAUUUGAAUGUGUGACAGUGAAUUUUUUAAAUAUAUUUUAUUUGGGCUGGUAUCCAUACUACCAAAUCUUGCAGUAAUUUGUAUAGAGAUAAUGCAGGGAGCUGCAAGUUGUGUUAAAUGUUGGCAUGUUUCCUGUUACAUAGAAUUAUAUUUUCAGAAAAGUUCAUGUGUGCUUAUGCAUUUAAUUUUCUCAGGCUGUGUGUCAUUCAAGUUUUUGGCAGCUGCACUGGAAUACAACUUUUCUGUAUGUGGUUCAGAAGUUUUCUACUUUGCCAGAGUUUUAAUGUAGGGCAUGUUGUGGAUACCAGUCUCAUGUUAUGUUAACCUGUUAAGAUCUUCUGCUAGUCCAUAAUCUUUAGAACUUCAUACCUGCCUCACUUGACUAAGAAGUGGAUUCCUUUACCUUGCCUGGUGAAUAGAGAAAAUAAUGUCUGCAGAGUGAUACAAGAAGCAUGACCCUAGUUGAAUAUAUAAUACUCUGAAGAGAGUCUCAAUAUUUUGUAUCAUUUAUAGCAUUAAAGUGUAUGUUAGGCAUGAAAUCUGCCAUUCAAACUAUUAUAAUAUGAUUUUUAAAUAUUUUAUUAUUCGGAAAUUCUUGGUAUACACAUUCAUCACAUAAUAUAGUUUAUGUACUAUGGAGUUUUGGGUUAUUUAUACUGAUUUAUAUAAUGAAUCUGUUGUAGCAGUGUAGCAUUUUCAUACAGAAUACAACAUGUGUUUGUGCUGUUCUAA